UCGCGGGCGCGCUCGGGGUGGGGCCUCGCGGCCGGCGGGGAUGCAGCGGCGGGGCCGGGCGGGCGAGGCGAGCCGCGCGCCGCGUCGCUGUAACCGGACACCAGAGCGCACGGCCCCUGCGCCGGGCCGCUCUCCAUUCACUCCGAGGUGCCUGAGUGAGCGACGCGGAGAAGGGCGCCGGGUGCCGCGGCCGGCAGCGGGGGGAUUCCUUUACAAAGAAACUCGGAGGUCUCGGAGACUCUCCCCGGUGGGACGCGCUAGAAAUUAAGGUCUUCUGGGAAGAGGACCAGAGACGCGCGCGGAUCCAACCGGGAGGCAGACCUGUGACUCGCCCGUGCUGACUUCUUCCAGCCUCGGUAUUUUCCCUUGGAUAUUAACUUGCAAAUCUGAAGAAAUGGCAUUCCGGGCAGUUUGUGUGUUGGUUGGAGCAUUUAUUUGUUCAAUCUGUGUAAAAGGAUCUUCCCAGCCCCAAGCAAGAGUUUAUUUAACAUUUGAUGAGCUUCGAGAAACCAAGACCUCUGAACACUUCAGCCUAUCCCACCAUCCUUUAGACUACAGGAUUUUAUUAAUGGAUGAAGAUCAGGACCGUAUAUAUGUGGGCAGCAAAGAUCACGUUCUUUCCUUGAAUAUUAACAAUAUAAGUCAAGAACCUUUGAGUGUUUUCUGGCCAGCAUCUACAAUCAAAGUUGAAGAAUGCAAAAUGGCUGGCAAAGAUCCAACACAUGGCUGUGGGAACUUUGUCCGUGUAAUCCAGACUUUCAACCGCACUCAUUUGUAUGUCUGUGGGAGUGGUGCUUUCAGCCCAGUCUGUACUUAUUUGAACAGAGGGAGAAGAUCAGAGGACCAAGUUUUCAUGAUUGACUCCAAGUGUGAAUCUGGAAAAGGACGCUGCUCUUUCAACCCCAAUGUGAACACAGUAUCUGUUAUGAUCAAUGAGGAGCUUUUCUCUGGAAUGUAUAUAGAUUUCAUGGGGACAGAUGCUGCUAUUUUUCGAAGCUUAACAAAGAGGAAUGCAGUCAGAACCGAUCAACACAAUUCCAAGUGGCUAAGUGAACCUAUGUUUGUGGAUGCACAUGUCAUCCCAGAUGGCACUGACCCAAAUGAUGCGAAAGUAUACUUCUUCUUCAAAGAAAAACUUACUGACAAUAACAGAAGCACUAAACACAUUCACUCUAUGAUUGCAAGAAUAUGUCCUAAUGAUACUGGUGGACUGCGUAGCCUUGUCAACAAGUGGACCACCUUCUUAAAAGCGAGGCUGGUGUGCUCAGUAACAGAUGAAGAUGGCCCAGAAACACACUUUGAUGAACUAGAGGAUGUGUUUCUUCUGGAAAUGGAUAAUCCAAGGACAACACUAGUUUAUGGUAUUUUUACAACAUCAAGCUCAGUUUUUAAAGGAUCAGCAGUGUGUGUAUAUCAUUUAUCUGACAUACAGACUGUGUUUAAUGGACCUUUUGCCCACAAAGAGGGGCCCAAUCAUCAGCUGAUUUCCUAUCAAGGUAGAAUUCCAUAUCCUCGCCCUGGAACUUGUCCAGGAGGAGCAUUUACACCCAAUAUGCGAACCACCAAGGAGUUCCCAGAUGAUGUUGUCACUUUUAUUCGAAACCAUCCUCUCAUGUACAAUUCCAUCUACCCAGUCCACAGAAGGCCUCUGAUUGUUCGUAUAGGAACUGACUACAAGUAUACAAAGAUAGCGGUGGACCGAGUGAAUGCUGCUGAUGGUCGAUACCACGUCCUGUUUCUUGGAACAGAUCGAGGAACUGUCCAAAAGGUGGUUGUUCUUCCUACUAACAGCUCUGCCAGUGGCGAGCUUAUUCUGGAGGAGCUGGAAGUCUUUAAGAAUCAUGCUCCCAUAACAACAAUGAAAAUUUCAUCCAAAAAGCAACAAUUGUAUGUGAGUUCCAAUGAAGGGGUUUCCCAAGUGUCUCUGCAUCGCUGCCACAUCUACGGCACAGCCUGUGCUGACUGCUGCCUGGCACGGGACCCAUACUGUGCCUGGGAUGGCCAUUCCUGCUCUAGAUUCUACCCAACUGGGAAGCGGAGGAGCCGAAGACAAGAUGUGAGACAUGGAAAUCCACUGACACAAUGCAGAGGAUUUAACCUAAAAGCAUAUAGAAAUGCAGCUGAAAUUGUUCAGUAUGGAGUAAAAAAUAACACCACUUUUCUUGAGUGUGCCCCCAAGUCUCCACAGGCAUCUAUCAAGUGGCUAUUACAGAAGGACAAAGACAGGAGGAAAGAGGUCAAGCUGAAUGAACGAAUCAUAGCCACUUCGCAAGGACUCCUGAUCCGCUCUGUUCAAGAUUCUGACCAAGGACUGUAUCACUGCAUUGCAACAGAAAACAGUUUCAAGCAGACCAUAGCCAAGAUCAACUUCAAAGUUUUAGAUUCAGAAAUGGUAGCUGUUGUGACAGACAAAUGGUCUCCAUGGACCUGGGCCAGCUCUGUGAGGGCUUUACCCUUCCACCCGAAGGACAUCAUGGGAGCAUUUAGCCACUCCGAAAUGCAGAUGAUUAAUCAAUACUGUAAAGACACUCGGCAGCAACAUCCACAGGGAGAAGAACCACAAAAAAUGAGAGGGGACUAUGGCAAAUUAAAGGCUCUCAUCAAUAGCCGGAAAAGUAGAAACAGGAGGAAUCAGUUGCCAGAGUCAUAAUAUUUUUGUACAUGGGGCUUUUGCUUCCAGUAACAAAUGCUCUACCUUCAAUGAUCAAAUUUUGAGCAAAGAAUUUUGUGUUUUACCCAUGGGAAAUUCCUGAAAAAGGUGAUCACUCACUCCUAAAGUGAGUUUUUCAUGAACUGAAAUGAGCAUGCAUUUUCUUGUAUGAUAUUGACUAGCACUAGACAUGUCAUGGUCCUCAUGGUGCAUAUAAAUAUUUAACUUAACCCAGAUUUUAUUUAUGUCUUUAUUCACCUUUUCUUCAAAAUCAAUAUGACAGCUACAAAAUGAGAAUUGUUACAUCCUUCAAUCGAACGAGGGCCAAACCCUGUAUGUUCUCUCCCUGCUGUCGAGCUUUAGAUUUCUAAUUGUCAGUGAUUUUAUAUCUGAAAACAAGUUCCAAAUUCACAUAGUAAAAGUCACAUAAAUACAUGUCACAGAGUGGCUAUGAAAAUAUAUGUAAAAUAGAUAAAAGAUAAAGAAGAGGGCAUCUAAAAUUUGUCUAAAAAUAUGACUCAUUCAUGAAGAGACAUGAUGAGUUUAUAUGCUUCCAGUGAAAUAUAUUAUGUUGUUUGUUUUGUGAAAACUAUAAAAAUUAUCUGUGGCAGAUAUCUGUCAUUGACCUUUAUUUCCUUGUUUCAGAAAGACAAAAUCAGUAACCUAUACCAUGAAAAUCUUUGAUACAAGUUAUAUCAGUGAAGCAGUUAGGUUUAUGUUGUUAUGUUAUCACCUUCCAAACAAAUGCACUUUCUUUUGUUGGAAGUGAUUUAAGUUAUUUUAGACUCAAAUAAUAUAAUCUUGCAAUGUUUAAUGAUUACUAUUUUUAUUCUAAUUUCCUAGUCUGUGUGACAAAUUAAACAAUAUAAGAAGAAAACAUUUUUGAAUUAUUAAACUUAUAAGGGGUGAAGCCAUCAAAAACGAAAAAAAAAAAGAAAAAUCAGAGUAGAAAAUGAAACUUUAUUAAGAGGAGCUUAUAGCAAAUGUGGCUAGUUUUUCACCUCAGUACUCAAGCGCAAUGAUUAUCUCUUACAUUUAUUAAAACCAAGCUCAGAUAUCAUACUGAUUUUUAAGUCAAUAUUUCAUAUUUUAUGAUCUUUUGAUUGUGAUGAUGAGGUGCUCAUUAUGUCUAGAAAGGAAAAUAGUAAUAUGAAUACAAUUAAACAUUCUAUCUUUUAGGAGAAUAAUGGUACAUUGUUCACUGGUCUAUAAAUGUAAAUGUGGAAGUUUUGUGAGGAAUACAACAAUUAUCUUCUAAUUGUAUGUUUGGAUAUUUUGAUUAGAAUAUUUUAAUACUAAAAUGUAGUUGCUCCAAUAAAAAUUAGCCAAAAAAAUAUGAAAAA